UUCCAGGAUUUGCAUUCUGCCCCGUCUUCUGAAGAAGGAAAGCUCUUCGUGGGAGGGCUCAACUUCAACACCGAUGAGCAGGCACUCAAAGACCACCUCAGCAGCUUCGGGCCUAUCUCUGAGGUGGUUGUUGUCAAGGACCGGGAGACUCAAAGAUCCCGGGGUUUUGGCUUCAUCACCUUCACCAACCCAGAGCGUGCCUCAGACGCCAUGAGAGCCAUGAAUGGAGAGUCCCUGGAUGGGCGCCAGAUCCGUGUGGACCAUGCAGGCACGUCUGCCCGGGGAAGCAGAGGGCGUGCCUUUGGGGCCCAUGGGCGUGGUCUCAGUUACUCUAGAGGGGGUGGAGACCAGGGCUAUGGAGGCAGAAGAUAUGACAGUCGACCUGGAGGAUAUGGAUAUGGAUAUGGACGGUCUAGAGACUACAGUGGCAGCCAGGGUGGUUAUGACCGCUACUCAGGAGGAAAUUACAGAGACAAUUAUGACAACUGAAAUGGGGCAUGCACACAUAAUAUACACAAGGAAUAACACUUCUGAUCCAGGAUCAUCCUUCCAAAUUGCUGUAUUUAUAAAGAUUUUUGGAGCUGCGCUGAAACAUCUGUUUUAGUACAUCAAGUUCUAUUUUUGAAUUGAGCUCCCAAGGUAGUUUGUUAAAGACCUUUUAGAAAGCUCCAUGUGUUCUUUAAACAUUUUUUUCCCUUUAAAGACAAAUUUUAAGACAUUGCUUAUGGUACCGAUAUUUUUUCUUUUGUCAGUUUUUGUUUAGGUUCAGAAUUGUUUCUGGCCAAAAAAAGUGGCCAGGCUAAUGUUUUUAAAAUUAAUGUGUAUUUAGGGACAUUUGAAAAAACUUGUAUACAAUGUUUAUCAUGGCCAGAAAGUGAUUUCUGAAUGUACCUAUGAGCAAUCUGAAUCAAGAUCAUGAUUACCUAGAGAUUUUUUUUAUUCAAGAUUACUAUCCUGAUUAUAUAGAAGAGCUUCUUGAAAAUGUUUGUGAAUGUCAUUUUUUAAAUACUGGAAGAAAAGAUAUUCUGUUGUGUCUGAUAUGUUUAGGAUGUCCUUUAUGGAGCUAAUUAAAAGAUGAAACCUGAACACACACACACAUACAAAAAUUAAGUCUUUAAAGGAAGAAUGAAUCACUAUAAAAAAGCCACAUAAAGAUGGAAAAUACACAGAGUCUGGAUCCCCAGUGGUGCUUUGCUGACUUUGAAUUUUUUGAAUGCUGAAGAGCAAAUGGCAGCUGCGGGAAAACAUGAGAUUUUAAAAGGAAUUGCUGAAUUAAAGCAGCCUAGAUACUUUAAGGAUGUCUUAACUUUAAAAUGGAAUUCAGAAAAUGUAUUGUGUUUGGGAAGAGUUAAUGUUUGUUUCCAAAGGAAAUGAAAGGCUAUGGAUUCCUUUAAAAUUAAUAGACACCAGAUUUGAUUGGGAGAGACCUCCUGAAAACCUUGGCUACAGCUAUAAAGAAAAAAACCUAGAAAACUACAAAACAGAUGACAUAUGUGCUGAUCCCUUGACAUGGGAACGGCUCUGAGACCGGAUGAGACAUGAUAAAUCUUAUUGCUUACAGAGUCCUCAUUAUUAUUAUUACAUGUCAUCCUUUCAUAUGGCAUGGAUAGAAGUUUGGUUAUACAGUUCAAACAAAUUUACCAAGUUGACAGAUGUCUUUUACCUGCUCAAACGUAAAACAGAAAAUCAUCUUUGGCUGGCUUGUGUACAAGGUAUAGUUCAUACUUGUGUUAAUGCAGAUAUGUAUGUUAUCCUUGGAAGUUUGUGUGUUUUCAGAGCAAGGGGACCAGACAUCAGUGAAAAUAGGUGGCCCAGGUGAUCCAGCCUUUCAGAGUACCUGAAACUGUUACACUUUCCUCAGAGUUUUGUGUUCAGAACAGCUUCAAGGCUGCUGGCUGAGAUGGUCCAGCCUCACAGACUGUUCUAGCCGGGACUUCAGAUAAGCCUUGCAGUUUUCCAUUACACAGAGACUGGACAGCAAAUGUUAUAUCUAGUUUUCUUAGGACUUGACCAUUAUCUCAAUCUUCUCAGUGUCCACUGGGCAUGUCAUUGCCCCCCAAACAAUAGGAAGCAGUCUAGAGAACACAAUGCCUACAUUUCCAACAGGUAAGGUAGGUGCUUUUUGGUCAUUCAGUAGGUUAUGGAUGUUUAUCAUCAUUUAGUGGGGAUGUAGGAAUAUAGGAUAAAAAGACAAUUAUUCAUUUCAAAUUUUUUUACAUUGGUAUGGAUUUUUGUAUAUUGACACAAAUUUAAGGUUAUUUUUGUUAUACUGCAUAUAUGUUUCUACUCUUGUACCUAUGCAGCCCAUUUAAAUUGCAAUAGAAAGUUCUAGUCCUUGAAAGUGAUUAUUAAAACUGUUUAGGAUAAUUAAAAUAAUGCAGGUUAGUAGUCAUCUAUAACAACCAAACUUGUAGUCGUGUUAGGCAUGGUUUCAAGGUUAAACAGAUAUAUUUUAGAUACAUAGGUGAUCUUCAAACACUUCAGAAAACUACAGAAUAUGGCAUUUAAAAUAUUUAAUAACUUAAGGCUUUUCAUGAUAGUGAGAACAAAUCUGCUGCCGGCAGUACCGAUCUACUUCAUAAAAGGUGUUGAAGAACCUCCCCAUAUGGAGUAAACUUCACUGUGGCAAAGCUAGACAUUUUGGCAAGAAACUGUCCUUGCCUUGACUGCUGACAGUAUACUGUACAAACUGGACAAUCAGGACACAAAGGGAAAGGACUGUCAAACAUUUCCAAGGCAAGAUGGGACAGUCUUCAAAAUUCCUGCUUCACAGAAAAGUCCGUCAGUUAUUCUAAGCCUGCAGGCAAAACACGGAUGCCCCAACCAUGCACAGGAACCUUGAGUGACUAUCCAGGCAGCCAGCUGCUUCUGUCAUUUUUAUGGUUUUGGAAGAUGCUUGCUCUUUACUUCCUGUUUACUUGGGUAAUAUUAUAUCCUUCUCAGGUCUCUGAUGGAGUUGAAGAUGAGAUUGUGAUAGUUUUCCUUGUUAUCAAAUUCAGAAAAGAAACUUACAUAAGAGAUCUAAAGUUUAUAAAAUUGAGAACCAUGAAAGCUAAAAUUGUUUGUCUAAGAAAAUGUUUUGAAGUCAAAAAAGAUAAUUUUAGAUUGGUAAACAAGUUAAGAUAGAAAGUAAAUUAGGUACACAACUUUGGACUCACCAAUACAGGGUAGAUAACGGGAUAUUUUCUCUGAAUUUGUUAAAUGCAAGUGGACUGGAUAUUGUAAAUGUCCUUCUUACUUGAUAAUUGCUCUUAUCAUAUAUAGUCUAUGUUAAAGCUAAAAUCUUUCUUUUUGUUUAGACAAAAAAGGGAAAGUGUUGCAGAAUAUUUAAUUAACUAUGCAAAGAAUUCUUGCAUUUGUUUAACUAUGUAAAGAUAUGUUGCAUUUGUUUAUGUUGCAGAACAUUUGUUUAGCUAUGUAAAGAUAUGCUGCAUUUAUUUAUGUUGUAGAAUAUUUAACUAUGUAAAGAUGUGUUCCAGCUGUUUGAUUAUGUAAAGAAAAAUUGCAGUUUUACCUUGCCUGCCUAAGGUACCUCAUUGGUAGAGUAAAAAACUGAAGGGCCAGUAGCAAGGGAGGAGGUACAGGUGGAACUUCCAGGCAGGAAGAGUAAGUAGUAGGAGGAAUUUAGGCUCAAGAAAGAAAAGAAAAGGAGAUGACAGGGAGAUGCCAGAGGCCAGACAGACAGACAUGGAGGAAGCAGGAAAGUAGGAUAUAAAGAGUGAAAAAAAGGUAAAAAAAAAAUCCCAAAGCAAAAAUUUGUAUUAAUAGUAACAGGUUUAAUUAAGUUAAAAGAGCUUGAGGGACAAGGCUAAGCUAAGACAGAGCAUUCACAAUUAAUAAUACGUCUCUGUGUCUUUAUUUGGCAAGCUGGUUGGCAUUCCAAGAAAAUUACAACUACACAGAAGCCUGGCAAUGAUGAUAAAAGUCAACUAUUGAGCUUUGAGUUAUUUUCCAUUUUCUCCUCCUCCUCCUCCUCUUCCUCCUUCUCUUCUUUUUCAUACCAGGGUCUAAUGUAGCCCAGGCCUGAUUCAAACUCACUGUGCCAUAUGGCUAUGGUCCAUUUGUUAAACUACUGUAAUAGGGGUGGGAAUUCUGGGCAGGAAAACUACAGUACCUCGUUCAACGACUAUUCCACCUAUCUCUUCAGUGUGGCUUCCUAGUGGUUCCUUGACCAAGUGAUUGACCUGGUCCAACUGAAAUGUUAGGUUUCUUUUUUUGUUGUAUGCUUGCUUGUUUUUUCUCCUCUAACAAUAAUAUGUCAGUUAUAAACACUUGGGACAUUAAUUGGUAAUGCAUUCUAGGGUAAUAGUUACCUGAGUCACAGUAGCUUGAACACCUGAAAACUAGUUACAUCAAGCCAAUGAAAUUUUUCAUUUUCUGGUAUCUUGAGGAGGAUGAACUUUAUUUGUUUAUGUGGAGGUACAUGAGAACAGUAAAAAAAAAAAAAAUGGUUUCAAAACACUUCCUGUGGGGGGCGGGGUCCCACUGUUUUGGAUUUCACCAGCUUAAAUUCUUCUCCAUGCAGGUGACUGUACUUUCCUAUGUAAUCUAUAUGAUAGGAGGCAAGUGGAUAUAUUGUAAAGCUUGUAAUUUUAUGUAUAUUGUAAAUAUAGCAUAAAACAAUUUCAGUAGAGACCAUAUGUUUUGAUGUUUUUUAAAUAAAGAAGCAAGCAGAAAACCACAUAGAAAACACUAUAAAAGACAACCAGAUCUAGUGGGAGAAGAGAACAACAAAAAUGCCCAGCUACCUCAAGAACUCAAAGUGAAUGAGCAGAUAAGAAGAAUUCUCUCCUCAAUAAUGCUGCCUUGACUGUACAUACGUCCUUCAGCCAACACAGGGCUCAGUUAUGAGUUUUACAUCUUGGAAGUUCAAUUUUCAAAGUAGAAGCAUUGUUUUUAAAUUGUGCACCUUGACUCUUAUCAAAGGAAUUUCGCUUAUAUUCACAGUCAAGUAGCUCUUAGAUAUUUAAGAAUACCAAAAUAUUUAAGAAUACUUUUCAGGACUUCUUUAGUAUCUGGCCUCAAAUAUCUUUGCUUCUAAAAGUAGCACUGAGGCAUGUCCAUAGAAGUGAUAUGUAUUCUAUACAAUUUCCCUAAACAUACUAUCAUACAUGGCUAAUAAUAAGGUGUGUGUGAUGCUUUAAAGAAAGAAGUUUACAUGCUUAGGUGACUCUCCUGGUCUGCUUCUCUUCCCUGGGAUAAUGAGCCUCAGAACAGCUUUGUCUGGGAAAGAUACUCACCUUUCACCCUUCUUGCCUCCACAUUUGCUUGUCUGCUGUUUUCACAGGCAGGGUCAGAGCAAGAUACAAUUUAAUAAUGCUUACAUAAAGGUUCUUCUCAUUUAGAGACUCUCCCAUUUAUUCUCAGUGUUAAUUGUGAAUCUGUUAAUUCCAUUAUGUUUUAAAGCACUUUGAAAUGGUUGAUUUAUAAUAAUUUUGAACAGAUCAUAAGUUCCUAAGGGGAAAGGGGACCUCUGUUAUA